AUGACUGUAUUCUCAAGCUUUAGAAGCAUACAUGCUCGUUUGUUUACUUCAUUCCUAUUAUUCUCCACCGUUAUUGUGAGAACUGCCAAUGCCGCAGAAGGUUGUAAACCUCAAUCUGUGGGUACUCAAGGUUUUGAUAUGUCUCUAUAUCAUUAUCCAUUCGAUGAUGCAAGUUCCAGUUCUUGUUACUCAAACUAUUAUCAAUCUAGUGAAUUUCAACACGGUGGUUAUGAAACCUUUGGUGGUGGUCUUUUCGGUACUGCUACCGAUAUCGACGAUGUCACACUAGAUCUGAAAUUAAAUGUUCAUUGUAAAGAAGUUAUGGGUGGUUUACCAGAAAAUUUCCAUUAUGGUGAUACUAUGAGUGUCUCUAAUUUCACUAUGUUGCUUACUGGUUAUUUUUACGCUCAAGAAUCUGGCCACUAUACUUUUAAUCUGGUUGCCGAUGAUUUGGCUUAUUUAUCAUUUGGUGCUGGUAAUGCCUUCGAAUGUUGUGACGAAGAAGGUACUGUUAGUGAUCCUGAGGCUUUUGAUUUGAUUGUCAUCUGGAAAGCUGAUAACAAUAUGUCUGGUUCUGUUAGUUACAAUUUAGAGGCUGGUGUUUACUACCCAAUUCGUUUAUUAUAUGCUAACAGAGAUUACCAUGGUACUUUAGAAUUAUCUUUUGAAGAUCCCCACGGUGAUGUCCACACUAAUUUUGAUGAUCAUAUCUAUCAAUUCAAAGAUGAACCAGAAGGGUGUCCAAAUAACAUCCAUACUUCUACGACUCAAUGGACUGGUUCUUUUACCAGUACCUUUAGUACUACUGUCUACACUACAACAGGUUCCGAUGGCCAUGCUACUACUGAAACUUUAUACAUUGUUGAAACUCCAGAUCCAAAUACCUACGUCACCACAGCUACCACUGAGUACACUCAAGGUACUGCUUCUGGUACUACUACUUACUCCACUGCUACUGGUGUAACUACAGGCUCCGAUGGUGUCAUUACAACUGAAACUACUUUCUUUGUAGAAACUCCAGAUCCAAAUACAUAUGUCACUACAGCUACAACUGAAUACACUCAAGGUACUGCUGAUGUUACUACUACUUACUCCACUGCUACUGGUGUCGCUACUGGCUCCGAUGGUGUCAUUACAACUGAAACUACUUUCUUUGUAGAGACUCCAGUAAGCACAUCUGCUACUGCUACUGCAACAACUAUUUACACUCAUGGCACUGCUUCUGUUACUACUACUUACUCCACUGCUACCGGUGUUAUUACAGGCUCCGAUGGUAUUAUUACUACUGAAACAACAUUUUACGUUGAGGAACCAGGUCCAAAGACCACAAUAACUACAGCAGAGACUACUACCAUUUAUACCAGUGUUACUGUUCCAACAACUGUUACACAUGUUACCACUUACUACACUACAGAUGAUGAAGGUGAGGAGGAAGAAAUCGUUGAAACCGAUAUUGAUGUUGAACUUCCAAGUGUUGACGAAACCACUACAAUUGUCAAGACUACUACUGAGUUUGGUAGUGUUACUGCUCCAACUACUGUUACACAUGUUACCACUUACUACACUACAGAUGAUGAAGGUGAUGAGGAAGAAGUCGUUGAAACUGAUAUAGAGGUAGAGUUACCAAGUGUGGACGAAACUGUUACCACUGCUAGUACAUCCUACACUCCAGGUGAUGUCACUGUGACAACAACUAUCUCAACUUUUGUUACAACUUACUAUACCACAGAUGCUGAAGGUAAUGAGGAAGAAGUGAUUGAAACAGAUUAUCUUGUUGAAACUCCAGGAACUCCAAAUACCGAAGAAGAAAAAACUACCAUCUCUACGACAAUAAUUUCUUAUUACACUGGUUCUGAAACAUCCACAUACUCUACCAGCAUUAGAACAUACACUUCUACAGAUGAAUAUGGUAACCCAGAAGAAGUUGUUGAAACUGACUACUACGUUGAAAUUCCAGAACCUACUACCAGUGCUAAUGAAGUUGAAGUCGCAGAAACUGCUGUUGUCACUACAGUUAUUAAGACUACAACUAACAAGCCUGCUGUUACUGAAACAACUUCUAAGAAACCUGCUGUUUCUGAAUAUCCAGUUCAAUCAGCUUCAUCUACCACAGCAAAUGUGUCUGAAUACAAUGGUAUUGGUGCCAUUGCUUCAAACAACAUUUUGACAUUUGUGGUUGGUCUAUUAUUUGCAACCUUCAUGAUUUAG